UUAACACGUAGGCCUUAAAAGAGUUCAAAUAUCUGCUUUGCAUAUAGCGGGGAUAUAAGCGCGGGAAACAUCAGGUGACAGAUGUCAUCAAACGCCACGAUUGGUGCUCACAUCUCAGGCAGAUCUAACCGCUAAUUACAAAUGACACCAGAUAUCUGAUUUUGAAAUAAGAGAAAUUCACUUCAACACACAAAGACUCGAGAAUACAAGAGAAAGGACAGAACUCGAACUCCAAAAAAAGACUUCAAAUGGCGACAACAAAAUCAAAUGCAGUUUUGUUUACAACAAUUAUUUAUGUCGUUUACACAAUCGGACCAAUUGCGAGUCAGAAAAGUUUUAGAUAUGACGAAAACUUGUACCAAGAUCAAGACGAAACGCUUGUUGAAAAACGACAAUUUGACAGACUUGCGUCCGGGCUUAUUGGAAAGAGGAGAUUAGACUCAGUGGCUAGUGGCUUAGUUGGAAAAAGACGCUUAGAUACCAUCGCAAGCGGAUUAGUUGGAAAAAGACGACUCGAUUCCAUCGCGAGCGGAUUAGUUGGAAAAAGACGACUCGAUUCCAUCGCGAGCGGAUUAGUUGGAAAACGUCGGCUCGAUUCCAUUGCAAGCGGACUGGUUGGAAAACGUCGUCUGGAUUCCAUUGCAAGCGGACUGGUUGGAAAACGCCGACUUGAUUCUAUUGCAGAUGGGCUUGUUGGGAAAAGGAAAAUGGACUAUCAUUCAAACACUUAUCCAGAUUUUCCUGCCGCGGAGAAAAGGAUGAUGGAUUCCCUUGCAAGUGGAUUGGUUGGUAAGCGUAUGAUGGAUUCCUUAGCAAGUGGGCUGGUGGGAAAGAGGACAAUGGAUUCAUUAGCCAGCGGACUGGUGGGGAAACGCACCCUUGAUUCCCUUGCUAGUGGUCUAGUUGGCAAAAGGCAAAGUUUUCCUGAUUUUUCGAAAGGCGGAAACGAAGAGGACUGAAAACACGGUUCAAGCAUUUGGAUCAAAAACAUUUUCUGAAUUUCAGCUAUCAAAAGAAAUUUUUUUAAUCAUUUAACUAUUAACGAACGUUUUUGAAUUUUGAACAAUAUUUUCCUUCUUGACAUAAACUGGACUUUAAGAGUUAAAAAGCUAUUGUUAUAUCAAUUUACACUUAUAGAUUUGUUUUGUUUUUUGUAAAAAUAUAUUUAUAUCAGACUGUUCAAAGCAUGCACAAAUCAUAAUAAAAAUUAUUUU